AUGAAGCUUCACACCGUCAGAACUGAUCCAAAGACCAACAAGGUCGAGGGCAAGGACAGGGAGUACUUUUCUGUCCUCAACAGCACCACUCUUGCUGCCCUACAACGUAUAGAGCUUCGCCAUGCCGGUUUAUCCUGGGGCACCAAGCAGGCUAUCCGAGCUCUCGGGUACGGUGCUUCUGCCAAGGUUGGCAUGAAGUUUCGAACUGCAUGGUGGCAGAAGGAGCCAUUUGGCAUCAAGAAGGGUGGAAUAUCACAUACCGACCUGCCCCUGCGAGUCUGCGUGUAUCCUUCACACAAUAUUGAGGCGAAUGAGGGCCCGGACAAGUGGGAUCCUGAGAAGCCAGCUGUUCUUCUCUGCUCGUAUACCUGGGGUCAGGACGCGCAACGUAUAGGCUCUCUUUGCUCCAACAACACAGCCCACGAUGACAAGGAGCUCAAGAGGUUGAUUAUCCACGAACUGGCUCGACUUCACGCCAGAGAGGAGUUUCCCUUUGAGAAGUUGGUUGAGCAUCUUGAGGAACAAUAUGUCGACCAUCACGGCUACGACUGGUACAGAGACGAGUACAUGUCAGAAAUUAUCAAGCCCAAUUCGUUUGGCCAGUUUUACCUCGUAGGAGAAGCCGCCUCUUCCUACCACGCGUGGAUUAUCGGUGCGCUCGAGAGUAUCAUCCGAGUGGUAUACAUUAUAUUCCAGGGUCUUCAGAACGGUAAUCCGGAAUUCGAAGCGUACAGUAUUGUGUUAGACUUGCUCAAGCCGGCCCCGACAGAUAAGAAUAAGAAGUAUGAGUUUGAAGAUAUAGGUAAACCUUUAAAGAGGGGCAGCGCCAUACCCACCGGAUUACCUUUUUAUCCCCUUCCCGAGGAGAUACCUACUACACAGUUUUAUAGGACCGAGAGCGCUCCUUUGACCGACAAUCCCACCGAUGAGGCCAAGCUUGAUAAUGUGGAGAUGACUUAUGGUGCUGCGUUGGCUGUUUUGAGUUUGAUUGAGAGUUUCUUCGAGUUGGGACUGGACAAGCAGUAG